AUGUCCGACGAAGACGUUCAUCCAAGCGAAUACAACAAAUUGCGAAGUAUUUACAAAUGCUAUAUCGAUUCAUAUAAUGCAUUGUUUCAACUGAAAACGGAAAAAGAAGAAGAAUUAAAGUCAAUUUACAAAAUGAUCAAAACAGAAUUGAUUGAUUCAAAUAGAUAUCAACCAAAAAAGGUUAUGCAAGAGAUUUUAGAUAUAAUUCCAUAUAAUAAUCGCUAUGCAAAGUCAUAUUUAUUUCUUGUCAAACUCAUAUCUGAUGAUUAUCUUGUCACAUAG